UAAAAUCAACUUUCGUUUUAUCAAAUGUCACAAACAGCAAUUGUCAAAAAUUUUUAGGGAGUUUUGGUUAUUCCUAGUAACCUUGAAGACAAUUAUAUACGCAAUAUGGUCUACAUAUAUUUAUUACUCGUUUUGUGAGCUUGAAAUGCAAAAGAGCAAAAGUUUGGAAAAGGUAAACGGUGCGAAACAAGCAUCUGAUGCUAGUGUAAACUGUGUACAAAUCGCUCGCAAGCCAAAAAGAAAAGUUCGUAACAAUUUUGGCAAUAUCUUCGAAAGAUACCACAUAACAGUUAAGCCAAAACUUCUGAGGAGCAGUUCAUUAUCGGAUCUUGCUACUAAUUCUAGUGACUUUACCCUGAUUUCAGCAUUGGAUUUUAUCAAAAAUUCUAGUAAUCUAUUAAACCGGGCUAAUCAAAAAUCGAGCCAAAACUGUUCCGGGGACACUUGCAGACCGUACAUAUAUCACAGCCUCGACACCCGAUACAUGUCGUGGAACAAUAAAGUAAAAAAAUUCAAGAAGAAAAUCGAAAUGUCUCCAGAGCCGAUUUCAAAAGGGACAAACGAUUAUGACCCAGAUCAAAAUAUAUCCUCGUGUGCAGAAAACUCAAGUGUAUGUAGUACAGACGAAAUGAGUAUGCAGAGAAUAGCUGCCUUUCCAUUUAAAUCUACACCAAGUGGGAAUCUAAAAGUACAAUCAAAUCAGGUUGUUUUCCAAUCGUCUACCGUCGGCGUGUUACUAGCAGAUCCAACACAAGCAAAGGUUAAAGUUAAAUUUGAAGGUAAAGCUGCAGGUGAACCGGAAAAUAAAAUAGAAAAUAAUUAUACCGAUGAAAAUGAUUCAGAAACACAAGUGAAAUAUUCUCAUAAAGAUCCUAUAAAUAUGAGAUUGAAAGCGGUCACUGAACGUCAUUCUAAACCCAAAGCACCGGUGAUAAGAGAAGAGCAGGGUAAAGACUUGGGUAGUCUUGGAUAUGCAAUCGCUGAGCCUAUAGAUUGGAGUCGCGUACAAUUGCCGAAAAAACAAGAUUUGUUUCAGGAGUUUUAUCGCAGAAUAUUAAACUACAUCCACACAGAUACAAUUAUCCACAUUGCUGACGAAGAAUUCCAUUGUCAUCAGAUUGUCCUACAGAUAUACUCGUCAUUUUUCGAUAGUAACAAUCUUCGUGAAAUAGAAUUACCUAUUUCAAGUGUAACACCCGAAGCAUUUCAAAUCAUUUACGAAUGGAUGAUUUUUAGUAAUUCAGAAAGUAAUAAAGUUCUAAAGAGAGAAAAUAUUUUGGAAUUGUUUUGUGCAGCACAAUAUUUAGCUAUAAAAGAUUUGGAGGAUCAAUGUUGGUCAUUUAUUGUGCACGAGGAAUUAUUUACUGAAGACACCGCUUUUGCUUUAUACAGAGAAGCUAGAUCUAAAGGCAUGACGCCUGUAAUGGAUAUUAUGGUCCCUCGAGUUAUGAGAUUUUUUCUACCACUGGUCGCUUCGAGAGAUUUUCUUGAAUUAGACCCGGAUGAGGUUAUGACGUUUCUUAAAUCGAAUUACAUUUGCGUUACAAGCGAGAUAGAAGUACUAAUGGCGGGUGUUCGGUGGCUGUACGGCAACUGGCCUGCCCGGCGGAGGCUAGUCGUGGACAUCAUGCGGUGCAUCCGCUUCGGUCUCAUCUCCCCCUGGCAGCUUGUAGACAUCAAACGGAAUCCUGACAAUGCAGAGAUACUGGAAAUUGUCAAUGAACCUGAAGUACAGCAGAUGGUUGAUGACGGACUGGCAUAUGUUAUUAUAAAGUAUUGGUACGGUAACAAUUCCAAGAAUUACUAUCAUUGGAUAGACGUCCUCGGCCUCUCAGAGCCAGCGGAGAGGAACUGGAUAGGCGAAGAAAAGAAUCACGUGACGUAUAAAGAUUUCUUAAAAUACCUAGAACAUUUCAUGGUCCCGAAAGAACAGAUGUAUCAGCAAAUGUCGAUGAUGCAACCGCCGAGGAGAACGGAUGACUUGCCGAGCGCUUUACGCGGACUUGAUGCCGAUAAAAUGGAUAUGAGGAGACCGAAAAUGGAAUUUCCUCUUCCUGGUACGUUGAAGGGACUUGGCGGGGAUAAGGACAAAUCGUUUCCAACGAUGAGCGAAUUUUUUGAAAACAGGCGAAAGAUAAAAGAAGCAAAUCAGGCGAGAUCACCGAUACGAUCACCAAACCAGGGCUCUGAGUGUCUGCCAACGAUAAGCCAACCAACUCCGCAAACAUCCAGGAAGACACCUGAAACUGACCGGAAGGCACAAAAACCAAGUGAACCGAAUGAGCCACGAUUGUUUCAAGCAAAUCAAACGUUAAUCCAAAAGCAAGUCCAACAGAUUCAAACUACUACACUGCCAACAUCAAACUUACCUCAGCAACAUGGGCAGAUGUACGAGCCCCCUGAAAAAGACUCAUCGGACAACUUCAAUACGACCAAAAGCGUCACCAGCAGUGAAAGUAUCGAAACAAGAUAUUCUGAAAAGACUCAAUACAUCAAUAAGACAUGUGAAACGAGACACAACAGUGUGGCAGCCUGCUACCUCGCCGCUGCCACCGCUGCCUUAGCAGGUUCCAGAAGAGAAUCUCAAACAUCUCCAACAUUUUCACUUUUCAACCAAUCUAAGGAGUCUCUCGCCAAAAUAAAUAUGAAUAAAUUAUCAACGUCGAUACUUGGUCCUUCGAACAAGACGUACAUAGUGGAUGGUUCCUUGUUCAACUGGGAUCGCGAAACUGUCCUGGUUUUUGGUGGUACCGAUCCUCACACAGGGUACGGAGUUGGUCGGAAUACCGGAAAAGAUAUUUACAGGUUCGUACUCGAAGUGCAUCAUCAUUCUGUGGCCUUUCUAAGAGGAAGAGUCUAUCUUGUUGGUGGUGCUGACCCACGUGAUGACGACACCCGUGGCAAGUCUGUAGUGGUCUCGACGGUGUGGAGCUACGAGCCGGUGACGCGGUCCUGGUACAGCGAGUCUGGUCUCGCCAUACCAAGGAAGAACUUCGGUCUCGUGGUACAUCGCAUGGCUCUAUACGCCAUCGGUGGACAGGACAAGAAAGGCAGAGUGCUGCGGUCGGUGGAGAGGUUCGACCCUAAGACGGGGUCGUGGAGCGAGGUGCGGUCGAUGGGCGUGGCGCGCAUGGCCAUGGCCGCGGUCAAGUACCGCGAGUACAUCUGGGUGGCCGGUGGUAUGACCGGCGAGAAGAAAAACCCCGUAUGCAAGGUCGUCGAGUGCUAUAACUCCAAAACAAAUGAAUGGACAGAAAUUUAUAGUCUUCGGUUUCCGAGAUGUUUUGCUACGCUUUUCGCUAUGAAUGACAAAUUGUAUAUAAUAGGUGGAGCGGGGAAGAUUACGGAAAAGGACAAAACUCCGAGUAGUGUUGGCGCCAUAGACAUCUGGGACUGGAAGGACCGGACUUGGAAACAGGAAACCGAAAUGUCUAUACCCCGACACGGACAUGCGCUCGCAUACCUAGGAACACAGCUCAUUAUUAUAGGUGGUGUAACAACGAUAUAUAUGCGGGCUCUGAGCAACGUGGAAUCAUUUUGUUGCGAGCGCGGUGCUUGGAUCCGAGGAGUGGCAGCGCUGCCGUCGCCACUCUCUGGCCACGGAGCUGUUACUUUACCACCAGCUUCGCUAAUGUGACGAAAUUCCAUUAUAAGUUGGCUACAACCAGCUUCCUUAAUGUGACGAAUCUCCAUCACAAGAAGUACCAGGAGAGCAUAAUAUGUAGAGAUAUUGUAUCAACAAAUUGUUUACGGUGAAACUUCACUGACGUGACACUUGGGUGACUAUCGUCGUCUCGUAUUGUUUUAAAGGGAAUGAAAAAGAUGACGAUAACACAAGUAUCAUGUCGGUGGAAUUUUACUGUUAACUAUAUAGAUUUUGUAAAGACAUUGUAUGCUCAAGCUUGGAAUAGAAAGAUCUUACUACUCCUAGAGUGAAACUAUAUGGAAAAUAAAAUUAAUAUAAGUGCUGUUUUACAUUUAAUCACAGCUUUACAAAAGAUAAAUAAAUUAUUGUG